UGGGCGGCCGAUGUUGUGUGGUCGCUUCAGAGGUUGCUGGAGUUGUAUGGUGAGUGUCAGCGCGUGCGUCGUUGCAGGCCAGCCACACGUUUAUCCACGUUUGUCCAGCGAACUGUAAUCACACAAACCCAACACACACACUGAAUAUCGCAGCACACGAAGCUACAGGCCUCACUGUUAUCACCACAUCAUAUUAACCCUAUCAGUAUCAAACAAAGAUCCCUACUAACAUACCGUCUGUUCGAGUUCCAAUGUGAUGACAUCACGUCUGAGGAUCGACGUCUGAAGAUAUCUGUGCCUUCCUUUCAUUACGUGGACAUUCUCUGGAAACCUGGGACUUGUUGGGACUGAGUAUUCUCAAUAACACCUUUUCACUGCCUUAUAUCAACAUUAUUGUAUCUUUUGAUUCAAAGAACAUUGUUUUAUUGUUUUGGUUAUUUUGCGUAGGCCUACGCUGUUUUAUUGUGUCAUUUACAUUGUGUUAACAUUGUGAGAAAAUAAUUCAUUUUUUCAUUAAUACAUUGAGGGAAUUGGACACAUGACUCUGGCUUCUUUAAUCCUCUUCUAGUUACUGGACAUUAUUUGUGUAAAUAGUCCUCUAAGGUGAUUUAGAACCGUAACCGUAAUCAGUGCAUACUACAGCCUUCAAUACAUUUAAUGGUCCUUCGAGCCGGAUGCUAUAACCACCUUAGCAAUGAUGUCCAGAACUAGUGAGGGAGUUAUAGAGCCAGAGGUUGUACGCCCACGUAGAGUUAUAAGACGGCCAACACAUAUGCGUGAUUAUGAGGUUAGCUAUCCUCCAAAACAGCUUGCGUUUGCAGAUGAGCAGUCUGAUAUGAUCAGUUGUAUGCGUAAAUUGAGGGAGGAAAAUAGGCGAAUGAGGCAAGACAUGCAACGCAUAUCUGAUAUGAUUGUUUACUCUUCUGUGUUAGCUUCCCAGGUUUCAUUAUCUGAGCAACAGCUUUUGAAUGAAGGAGCAGUGGUGUCAUCUACACCAAAGUCUAUUAGUAUGCAGGAGUCAUUUAAGAGUGAUGGAAACUCUAGCCAGACAGAACAUACUCCUUUGGUGCCACCUAGAGAUGAAUCCCUCCUUACAGUUCGCAGUCGUGAGCAAGAGCUCAUUGAAGAGCUUACAGACAGUCUACAGAGAGCAGGUCGGCUUAGUGAUAGUCCACCUAAUUCAGGUAUGUCGACCCCUUCGUAUAAUGAUACACAUAGUAGUAAAAAUGACUUGCCACGGUAUGAUCACUAUUAUGAUGCUAAUGUUUCUCUGCGGCCACCUCAUUCGUCUGAUAUUCGUCAGCAAUAUCCAGAUGACUCACCAGUGUUGCGGUCCACUAUGCCUUCUCAUGAUGUUUAUUAUCAUCCAGCAACGGAUCCUUACCAUCACCGCAUAAAUGACAGAGAGCGUCUGCAGAAGAAUGCUUUCACGGAUCGUUUCGAUCAUUCUCCAAAUGAGUGGAGGCAAGAGUACAGUCGAAAUAAUGGACCGUUAUGUACAUCUGAACAUUCUCAACAUUUGCUUGGAUAUUCUGAGCUUCCUCGUCCUGUGCAUCCACCCCCAAUGCAAUAUCGAGGGCCGACACCUACAAUUCCCGAUUUCGGUCGGGAUGAUCCCUGAGAGUUUUCCCGUCUUAAGCUUGCAUUAAACAACGUUCUUCCUGAAGAUGCUUCUGAGUCGUU